GUCAAAUUAAGUGAUAAAAUAGCACAAUCUGUGAAUAAAAUAAACAAAACAAGCUUUUCUUUUGACGUUUGUGAAUUGUGAUUUUUAGAAAUAUUACCUAUAUAUAUAAAAACGUUACUCUUCAUUAUAAAGUACACCAUUACAAUUACAAAACCAAGGUAAAAUGGUAUUAUUAAGAAAAAUUAUUACUCCACUAUUAAGUGUACGAAUAUCUAGUGUAUUAUAUUCUACAAAGUCUCUGCCAAAGGAAAACAAAGUAAAAGUUGGCCAAUAUGAAAUCAACUAUGUGAAAGUAGGCAACGGAAAGCAUAAUGUUUUAUGUGCACCGGGAGCCCUGGGCACAAUCUGGACAGAGUUCAGCCAUCAGAUACAGGGCUUCGACCAGGACAAGUUCAGCUUAGUGGUGUGGGACCCUCCAGGCUAUGGGAAAAGCUACCCUCCAGAGAAGACGUUUCCGUUGGAUUUUUUGGAGAAAGAUGCAGACUUGGCUUAUGAGUUAAUGAAGGCAUUACAAAUACCGAAGUUCUCGCUCAUGGGUUUCAGUGACGGAGGCAUAACAAGUCUAUUCCUGGCCGCCAAAUACCCAGACGCCAUCAACAAACUGGUGGUAUGGGGAGCCAACUCAUUCAUACUGCCAUCUGAGCUGGAAACAUACAAAAGUAUUAAAGACGUCAAUAAAUGGUCCAAAAGGAUGUCGGAACCAAUGAUCGAGAUAUACGGCAAAGAAAGGUUCGCGAAGUACUGGGCGGGCUGGGUGGACGCCAUGGAGGCUAUAUACCAGGCCAACAAGGGCAACCUCUGUGCUGACAGACUGAAGAACAUCAAGUGUCCCACCUUCAUACUGUAUGGCGAGAAGGAUCCGAUGGUGGACCGCGUGCAUGUGUCGCAUUUACACACUCAUAUAGAGGGAUCGAGGAUCCAUCUAUACCCAGAAGGCAAACACACUAUACAUUUGAAAUACGCAGAAGAUUUCAAUAAGAGGGUACAAGAGUUUCUGCUGCAACCCUAGAACAAAAUAAUAUUAUAUUGUUUUUAUUAAUAUAAUGUUAACAUUUCUUUGAAUAAAUAAUCGACCUCAUAAUUAAUACCUACGAGUAGGUACGAGUAUGUGAUAUGUUUUUGUUAUUAGAUAUUAAGAUUAACUUUUGUAUUUCGUUUUUUUGAUGUUACUAUUUUAUUUUUUAUUACUCUUUUACAUAAUUAAUCACAUUUUGGAUAUUAUUAUGUUUUAUCAAAUACCAAAAUAUACGAAAUUAUUUACAAAAUA